UCUUUGUCGGCUUCAUACCUCCGUGUCUGCGGAGACUGACACGACCGAGCCACCGUUACAAUUGAAGCGCCUGAUUCCAUAUGCAAGACAUUCCUGAAUUACAUGAUUGGCCAAGCGCAAGGCAUUUCGUGAUGAUUGCUCAAGCAUGCCCAGUGUGCCAGUUAACUGGCAGUGCACGGGUACGCACCCCACAUUCACUGCCGUCCAUGCAUAUGGGGGAAGAGGCGUCGUCCAUAAAACGCGCGGGGACAACUAUCAUAUUGUGCAUCAAUUCUUCGACAUGGCGUCACUCCCAGGCUCGGGAAUACUGGUGGAAGCGGAAGAGUUCCAUGACUUUGGCGGCUGGACCUUGGACUCGCAAUUCGACUCGGAGAUGGGCUCGCCGUACCUUCUCGCUCACGGUAAUGGCAAGCCAGUCGCAGACGCAACAACCGUUAUAUCGGCGGAGAAGGGACGCUAUAAUGUUUGGGUUCGAGCCAAAGACUGGGUUCCUGCUCAUCACCCUGGCCAAUUUUCUCUCAUUAUUAACGGAACUACUCUCGACACAGUCUUUGGCACGAACGGCAGAGAUUGGCACUGGCAGCGCGCAGGCAUAGUACAACUCCCAGAGGGUGAUACAAGACUUGUGCUGCACGAUCUGACUGGCUUCUGCGGCCGCUGCGAUGCGAUCAUUUUCGGCACGGAUGACACAUCACCGCCAAACGAGAGUGACGAGGCAGCUCGUGUCUGGCGAAGACAACUGCGUGGGAUACCCCAUCAACCUGUUGAUGCAGGGUUGUUUGACGUUGUUGUCGUCGGCGGAGGCGUACCUGGCUGUACAGCCACAUUAGCAGCCGCACGACUGGGAGAUCGCGUUGCCCUUAUUCAAGACCGCCCUUACCUCGGUGGCAAUGCCAGCGUAGAGAUCGGGCUCACCCCACGCGGCAUGACUAACUCUGUCAUACAAGAGCUCGCACAGCGCGACGCAGAUGGCGACUUGAUUGCGAAGCGGCUGCUUGGCGCAGAGCCCAACGCAACGGUGUUCAUGGAGUACACUGUGUAUGAUGCGGCCCUCGUCGGCUCCCAGAUAACAUCGGUGAUGGCCCGCAACGCCCGUACUGGGAAAGAGAUAUGUCUUUCAGCUCCAGUAUUCAUCGACUGCUCCGGCAAGGCUGUUCUUGGUGUCUGCACUGGCGCAGAGACACUUUUCGGUCAAGAGUCCAAAGCGAUGUAUGGCGAAAGCCUCGCACCCACAGAAUCUGACGACAUGCAUCACGGACACACAGUGUUCUUCCGGACACGGAUGGGCGACAACGCGGCGCCCUUCCCGUCUGUCCCAUGGGCCACCGAGGUUGCGAAAGACUAUUCGGAUCUUCGGGGUCAGCUCACCAAGCCUGGUUUUGAGAAUGGGCCAGGACCUCACGUUGUGCCCCCGAAUUUCGUGCCCGAUCCGACCAUCGACAUGCGGAUGAAGGGACCCCUCACACAUUUUUGGGAGUACGGCCAAUGGCUUGAUCCGUACACUAAUGGUGAGCAUAUUCGAGACCAUCUCUUAUGUGCCAUAUACGGAACCUUUCGCAAUGUAAAAGAAAUGGAACCCGAGACAUAUGCGAAUCUUGAGUUUGAUUGGGUGGCAUUUGUCGCAGCUCAGGGAGAGUUCAGGAAGUACGAGGGCGACUACAUUCUAACAGAGACUGAUAUUCGCGAUCACAAACCCUUCCCCGACGCUGUGGUCCAAAAUGCAGGCGCGUUUUGUCUUCAUUACCCAGGCGACCAAAAGUACGACUUUCGUCUGCAGGCCUGGGAAUGGGAUGAGCGGGAUAAGAAGCCUUACGACAUUCCUUUCCGAUGUCUCUAUUCGUCUAACAUUUCGAACUUGAUGAUGGCUGGGAAGCAUAUCAGUACUACACAUAUUGGAGGCUCCAAUGCCAAGUUCAUGGCUAAUGGAGGGUGCCACGCAUUGGCAACGGCGGCCGCGGCGCACUUGUGUAUAAAGCAUCAAACCAGUCCUCGUGGUAUACAUGAGAGACAUCUUCCAGAGCUGAAGGCAGCUGUCAUCCGCCAGGGCCAGGGAAUCUGGGACAGAAGAUCGGAUAACAGACUGUGAUACCCGGAGGUACUCGUUCUCAUGAAAGAUCUGUAGGCACUAGCCGUUCUUCAGAAACAACAUAUAUGGGAGUAAAGUUUUUCUCGGAGGCACUGUUUGUCGAACAUUUAUAUUC